GGUGCCCGAGACCUGCGCGUCUAUAUGGACGUUCCGAGGCUACCCCUUACCAUUCUCUCUCUUGUUUCCGUCAGAUCUGCUUCGUAUUCGGUUGCUCUGUCGACGGGCCGAAGACGCAUCGGCACGAUGACGACUGUAGAGAGGCUUGGGAGUAAGGUGGGAAGCACGGCGGUGAGCGAGGAGGCUGCGGCCACCCUGAGGAGCUUCACGCUUGGAGAUCAGCAGGUGCAGAAGGCCCUGGCUGAUGGAUGGACGUACAAGCAAACAGACGUCGCCUACCAGGUGAGUGAGAAUGAAACCAAUGAAUGCAUGACAGAUCCGAUGGAUGGAUGGCUCGCCACACGCACUGCACACAACCGCAUCGCUGCUGCACUGUACUAGCUGCAUGUACUGCUGUAUUCCCUUCCUGUUUUCAGGACGAGGGCACCGAGCUGAUGGGUCUUGCCGUGUGGGUGGAGAGGGACGAUGCCUCACGACAGAUACUCGGAGAGCGGCCAUGUGUGCUCGUCUGCCCGACGGCUGUCGGCCUCCGAGAAGACUUUCUAUUCGGCGCCCUCGACCGAUAUGCAAGCCUGGGAUAUGGUCAGUCAGAGCACUGCAGUGGGUGAAUCAAUCAAAGGGAGGGAAAGGCAGCGACUGACUGACUAGCUGACCCUCAUGAAUGGGAUGUGAUGUGUGCUCUCCCUUUGCUGUCUGUCGCACCACGCCUGUGUGUCAUGGCAUGGCAUGGCAUGCAGUGGCGUUUGGUGUUGACAUGUACGGUGAGGGGGCCGUGUGGGACAAGGGCCGCUCCAGAGCCAUCCGCCAGCCCCUCACGGCCGACCGAACCAAGCUCCAGCGGCGCAUGGUGGCGGCCUAUCAAGCAGCUCAGUCGCUUCCCCAAGUGCAGGAGGACAACAUUGCUGUGGUCGGCUACUGCUUUGGCGGCAUGUGUGCCCUCGACCUGGCGAGAGCUGGGGUUCCCAUGAAGGGUGUGGUGAGCUUCCACGGCGUCCUGGACAGGCCAGCUGUUGACAAGGGUAAGAUGAAUAUAUACAGGUGGGAUACCACGUGUUAACGGCGGUUUGUGUGUGCAGUGCCAGGCGGUUUGUCCUGUCCUGUGCUGGUCCAUCACGGCUCCGACGACCCCUUCAUCAGCCCCGACCAGUUCCAGGCCUUCCAACAAGUGUGCUCACUAACAUGUGCUAUAGAGCGAAUGAAGGCAGAACUCAUGUGUGUCCGUUUCUCUCCUCCUUGUGUCGGGUGGAUUUAUUUUGAAGGAACUGAGUGACCAGCGCACCGACUGGCAGAUCCACAUCUAUGGCGGCGCAAAGCACUCCUUUACGCGGCCAGAAAAGGUGACUGAAUGGCACAGUUAAAGGGGCCGGCCACUCAUCAUGGCUGGAGGCAACGAAUGGAUGGACGAACGUGACGUGUACCUGGCGUGCAUUCAUUUCUGCAGGUGACCCAAGCUGACAGGGAUGCGGGUCUGCAGUAUUGCCCCAAGAGUGAGCGGCGGAGCUAUCGAACCACCAAGGCCUUCCUGCAAGACAUCUUCCCAGAUUUCUCGUCCCCGAUUCAGCAGUAGUGCUGCCAAGCUAGCUGUGUGGCUGUGUCGUGUGGGAAGGACAUGCGGUGUUUCAGUCAUGUGUGUGUAUCCAGUACGUGUGUGUCUGGCUAGCUAAUGGAUGGGACACACCAGACCAGGCCAAGGCAGGCUAUGUGGAUAGGAU